CGUUCUACGCCGUCGAAGUAGGUAUGUUUCUCUUGCUUAUUUUCUAAUUUCUAUCCGAGUUUCUCUUAACCAUCUUUGACUCCGAGUCCAUUCAUCAUGGGGGCCUACAGGUAUAUGCAAGAAUUGUACCGUAAGAAACAAAGUGACACUCUCAGGUUCUUGUUGAGAAUCAGAGUAUGGCAGUACCGUCAGAUGACUAAAAUGCAUAGGGCUCCAAGGCCCUCUCGCCCUGACAAAGCCCGCAGGUUAGGAUACAAGGCCAAACAAGGUUUCGUAAUCUACCGCAUUCGCGUCCGCCGUGGUGGUCGCAAGCGCCCAGUCCCGAAGGGUGCCACUUAUGGCAAACCCAGAAGCCAUGGUGUCAACGAAUUGAAACCAACCCGCAACUUGCAAUCCAUUGCUGAGGAACGUGUUGGCAGACGCUGCGGUGGACUCCGUGUCCUCAACUCAUACUGGGUCGCUCAAGAUUCGUCUUACAAAUACUUUGAAGUGAUCUUAAUUGACCCAAGCCACAACGCUAUCCGUCGUGAUCCCAAAAUCAACUGGUUGGUUAACGCUGUACACAAGCACCGUGAACUCCGUGGAAAGACCUCUGCUGGCAAGUCUUCCCGUGGAUUGGGCAAGGGACACAGGUACUCCCAGACCAUCGGUGGUUCCCGCAGGGCCGCCUGGCGCAGAAGGAACACCCUUCAAUUGCACAGGAAGCGAUAAAGUGGUGGGAGUGCAGGUACAAAUUGUACUUGGCUUUAUUAAUAAAGGACAACUAUUAUUUACAAUAAUAUA